UCCUAUCUGCUACGCCUCACCCCCUUUUGCAGGGACACGCUUCCUGCUGACGUUCUGUGUGCUGUUUAUGUUUAAUGGCUAUAUGGUUUCCCAAACAGAAGAACUUCUGCAGCCUGUCUUAAUUAUCCGCUAAUGACACAAUGAGGAGGAGCGCACGAUGUGCUCCGCUUUGUUAUUAAGUCGCAUUCGUUCGCGAGCCGCGUCGCUGACCUGAGGACGUCACAAGAAAACAGUCUCAAUCAUUUCUAACUGACGUUAGCGUUAUACAAACCUCACGCUUGACAACUAAAGUCGCCCCACACGGUGACAGGGUGGUAAUUUUUCGGGUUUAAGAGUGGUGUUUUUCUCUUCGAGAUGGCUGGAGGCAUUACAGAAACAGGGGAGCCUUACUCCCCAUUAGUUGGCCUGGUGUACAUGUUCAAUCUGAUUGUUGGCACUGGUGCCCUGACCAUGCCCAAGGCCUUUGCAGCAGCUGGGUGGGUUGUCAGCGUCUCCCUCAUCACAUUUUUGGCUUUUAUGAGUUUCAUGACCACCACAUUUGUGAUUGAAGCCAUGGCCGCUGCCAAUGCCCAGCUGCGCUGGAAGAGGAGAGAACAGGAAGAGGUUAAUGACAGCGACUCCAACUCGGACUAUUCAGAUGAUGAUGAUGUUAUCCGGGGACGUUACGAGCCUGUCGAGACGCGGCCCAUUCUCUCUGUCCAGCGUGCUGCGAAUAUAGACCACUUUGACAUUGUCGAGAGAGUCGAGAUGGGACAAAUGGCCUCCAUGUUUUUUAAUAAAGUUGGCGUCAACAUGUUCUACAUCUGCAUCAUUGUGUACCUGUACGGAGACCUGGCCAUUUAUGCCGCUGCUGUACCUGUAUCACUGACGGAAGUCGCAUGUGGGAAUCACUCGUGCAGUGCUGGGAGAGUGAAAUACAACGACACCGAUUCGUGCUGGGGCUCCGUAAGACGCAAAGAUGCCUACAGAGUGUUUCUGGCAAUCUUCACACUGUUGUUGGGGCCCUUCACCUUUUUCAAUGCGCAGAAGACCAAAUACCUCCAGAUCCUUACCUCACUAAUGAGAUGGAUUGCGUUCACCAUGAUGAUCAUCCUGGCUUUGAUUCGUAUUGGCACGGGCCACAGUGAGGGCCACCCAUCUGUGGCUCAGAUCUCAGGUGUGCCCAACCUCUUCGGGGUCUGCGUCUACUCGUUCAUGUGCCAGCACUCGCUGCCCUCGCUCGUGACGCCCAUCUCCAACAAGCAGCGCAUGAGCGCCCUGGUCAUGGCCGACUACAUCCUCAUCCUGUGCUUCUACAGCCUACUGUCCCUCACGGCCAUAUUCUGCUUCGAUAGUUCUCUGCUGCGGGACAUGUACACUUUAAACUUCACAGAUAACUGUGACGUCCUGAGCAUCCCAGUGUUGCGCUACUUCCUGGGCCUCUUUCCCGUUUUCACCAUUAGCACCAACUUUCCCAUAAUAGCCGUCACGCUACGCAACAACUGGAAGACUCUCUUCCAUCGGGACGGCGGCACGUACCCUUGGGUGGUGGACCGCAUCGUCUUCCCGCUCAUUACUCUAGUGCCGCCCGUUAUCGUGGCCUUCUGUACUCACGAUCUAGAGGCGCUUGUGGGUAUCACAGGAGCGUAUGCUGGAACGGGCAUUCAGUAUAUCAUCCCAGCCUUCCUAGUAUAUUUUAGUCGUCGUCAUCUAGAGCCUGUGUUGGGAAGGGAUGCUGUAAAUAAACACCGGUCACCUUUCCAUCAUACGUUCUGGGUUUGGUUCGUGAUAUUAUGGGCAACGUUCUGUCUAAUGUUUGUGACGGCUAAUAUUGUCCUUACCGAUGGCAAGAGCUGAGCGUACCGGCAGACUUAUUUUGUCAAGCCGUGUUUUUGUUUUCAUUUUUGAAGGGUGUUUGUUUGUUAGGUUUCAUGUUAAAAGAAUUCUAGUAGCUGAAGUUUAAUUCAGUGUUUAAAAGGGACCAAAAGACGUUUCGGCAUUUGGAGUUUUGACUUCUUUCGCACAAAUCCACUAUCCUUCAGUGGAUGUUCUGUAAGGCAGGGAUUAUUUGAAAAAAAAGCUUUAUUUAAAAACCAUAUAUGAUGUGCUCAUUCAAAAUGUCACUCGAUGUGUAUGUUCUUGAGUUAUUAUUGAUUUUCCUCUUUGUUCCGGCAAAUCUCAUUAAAACAUGAUCGAGUCGCGCUCCAUCCAAAAAGCAAAGAAAAUGUAUAAAUAAUAAUAAAUACAAAUAAGUAAAAUCAUACGCAUAGGAAUGAAAAAGUCUUUGCAUACCUGCUUAGCACAUUUACCCCAAAAUUCUAUUCUGAGUAAUGCUUAUCAUUUUUCUAAUGCAGUAAAUAUAAUAUAUUAUAUUAUGUAUUUAUAAUUGUUUUGCUUUUUAACAAUGAAAACUGGUGGGAAGUUGUGGUUUAAUCGUCUUUUUAAAUUGUAGUGUUCUUAAGUGUUUAUACAUAAUUGAAUACCUUAUCUAAAUCUUUUUGAUUUUGGGGUGAAAUGUGGCCUUCACAUUUUCUUGACUGAUUUAAUUUUACCGUCUGAUUUCGCUCAUCUUCGGAAGAAACAACAAGCUGGUGUGUCUUUGUGAUUUUGGACUGAAAAAGUCAGCCCUCAAAAAAAAAAAA